AUGGGAGAGCACUUCCACAACAGCUCAGAGCUACCUCCUUUCACCCUGACAGGUCUCCCAGGGAUGGAGACCUUGCAGCACUGGAUAUUUCUGCUUCUUGGUACCCUCUACAUUAUCUCCAUUGUGGGCAAUGCCCUUAUCCUUUUUAUUAUCAAGGAGAAGCAGAGCUUGCAUCAGCCUAUGUACUACUUCCUGGCCUUGCUGUCAGUUAAUGACCUAGGUGUGUCUUCUUCCACGCUGCCCACGGUACUGGCCACAUUUUGCUUUCACUUAAAGAAGAUCAGCUUUGAUUCUUGCAUGGCUCAAAUGUUCUUUAUUCAUUUCUUCUCCUUCACAGAGUCUGGGAUCCUGCUGGUUAUGAGCUUUGACCGCUAUGUGGCCAUCUGUAACCCACUGCGUUAUGCCACAGUGCUCACUGAUGCCUGUGUGGCACGUAUGGGCAUGUCUGUUAUCAUUCGCAGUUUCUGUAUGGUUUUCCCAUUGCCUUUCCUUCUGAAGAGGUUGCCUUUCUGCAAGGCCAAUGUACUCUCCCAUGCUUACUGUCUGCAUCCAGAUCUGAUCCGCCUGCCCUGUGGUGACAUUACCAUCAAUAACAUUUUUGGUCUAUUCAUUGUCAUCUCUACCUUUGGUCUGGAUUCUGUACUCAUUGUCAUCUCCUAUGUGCUCAUUCUGCGCUCUGUUCUUGCCAUUGCCUCUUGGGAGGAACGGUUAAAGACACUCAACACAUGUGUGUCACACAUGUGCGCUGUGCUCAUCUUCUACGUGCCCAUGGUGGGUGUGUCCAUGGCAGCUCGUUAUGGCAGGCAUGCCCCACAGUAUGUGCACACACUCAUGUCUCUCAUUUAUCUCUUUGUCCCUCCAAUGCUCAACCCUGUUAUCUAUUCCAUCAAAACCAAAGAGAUUCGUCAGAGACUUUUCAAAAUACUGCUGGGAACCAAAUUUUAA